AUGAGGUUCGUCGCCGCGUACCUGCUCGCCACCCUGGGCGGCAACCCGAGCCCGACCAAGGACGACGUCCGCGCCAUCCUCGGCUCCGUGGGCGCCGAGGUGGAGGAGGGCAAGCUCGACGCCCUCUUCAAGGAGGUGGAGGGCAAGGACCUGGCCGAGCUCCUCGCCGCCGGCAGGGAGAAGUUCGCCUUCGCGCCCAGUGGCGGCGCCGGUGCGGCCAUGGGCGCGUCCCCCGCCGCCGCCGGUGACGCCGCCGAGGAGAAGAAGGAGAAGGCCGAGGAGAAGAAGGAAGAGGACGAGGAGGAGGAGGACCUGGACAUGUUCAGCCUCUUCGACUGA